UAAAACGUUUCAUGCGGACUCGUGUUUACCAUGGCCCCAAAGUGUAUUGGGGAUUGUUCUGUGUUAUUUGUCCUUGGGAUUGCAUUUGAUAUCAUUGGGUUCGCCUUACUUUUGGUCGGCAUUUUUGCCAAUCUGCGCUUGGAUGGCACAUUUUACGGAGACUUCCUUAUCUAUACUGGCUCAAUAGUAAUUUUUCUCAGUCUUUUCUGGUGGGUCAUGUGGUACACAGGGAAUAUUAAAGUUUCAUCUGACGAUCUUGAUAGAAAGACGUUGGAUAACGUUGCGCACUGGGCACGGAAGCUCUCCGAACGACUGUCCAAAAGCGGGAUGAAGACUCUGGAAGCCAGAGAGAAGUGCCUUGGCAAUGUCCAGAAAGCAGUGAACUGCGAUGUGACAGCUUGUGCGCCAACGUGGACAACUUGGGAAAACUUGGGAACGGCUGGAUGUGUCAAUGAAGCUUACGACCGAAGCUCUGAUCCGCCAUCAAAUGAGAAGAGCGUGGAGCUUGAGAUUCUGAAGAACUCUGAGAUGUUCCUGCCGAGUAACGCCAAUGCAAAAGCUGAAAGAUUUCUUUGACAAGGAACUGGUUGGUUGUCAGCGUGCAAUAUUUCUGUGUAACCGGCUUUUAUCCUGACUACAUUUUUUAUUUUUUAAAGAUUUACGCAUUCAGAUUGAAUUGAGUAAUUCUUAACAAAAUACAAUUUUAGCAACCUAAAUAUUUUAAGUUUUAUUCAUUUAAUUUUAUUAAAUAUUACACAAUUAAAUUUGAUGGAAUUUUGUUAUGAAAUUUGAAUGCAUAAAUGUUAUAGUUGAAUAAAUAAACUUUAUAAUAAUUUAAAGAAUCCUGUUAAAGCCUUUUUUGCAUCAGGGUCCUUCCUGCCUGGUGUUGUAUUCGAUAUCUUUACAAUUUGAGGUGCAUUAUAUGGUUAAAUGUUGAUUUAACUUCAUAAUUAAUCAUGAAAUCAAUA